CAAACCUAGCUACUCAGCUGCUGUCUAGCCUUGGUGCUGUCCACAAGUCAAGCACUGCCACGGUACAGUAAAAGCUCGUAUAAGAGGAACUUUGAUCUGAGUGGCGCCAGCAGCGAGACCAUCCUUGCCUAUGCGUCCAAGCCACAGCAGCCCAUGACACUGACGGACAACUAUAACCUAAUCAUGCCCGAUUAUUACGAUCACCAUCCGGCGGAGUCUAUGCAGCUGCAGAACUUUGCCAACUUCUAUGAGGCUGAAAUGAGUCCGGGCGCCGAUUUGGGCAUGGAUGAGUCACAGUUUCUGACCAGCACGCCCGUGCGCGAGCCACAGCCCAUCAAUGCCGAGGAGCAGCAUAUACGCAAGGAGCUGCAUCCGGUUGACAUUAGCCGGGAGAAGAAGGCCCUGCAGAAGCUGAAGAAGGGCAACACGAAGCCGCGCGGCGCUGGCUAUGCGGAAUGGGAUCAAUUUGAUUAUGAUCUUUAUAGCGUCAAUCCCGGCGAUAACAAAAAGUACAAUAACGAUUUCUAAAUCUGGCAGCGGUUGGGGCAAGUUUCUUGUUAUUUCCGAAUUUGUUUAUUGACGUUUGUUUUUGUUAAGUACUGAAAUAAAUUAUUUAUUUAUUUGUAAAUUG